GCCUCUGACUCGGCAUCUAGGCAAGUGCUUUAUUCGGGGGGUUUAGGGUUUAAGGUAAUUUUACGUAGUUUUACUUCGAGUUGGGUCUUCGCGCAAGUUGACGAACAGCACAAUAAUGCCGAAAUUGUGCAUAUUCUUUUGUGUUUUCGCAGCUGUUUGCGAAAGAUGGCAGUUUCCAUGCUCCAACUGAGCCGCUCAGGCGCUCAUGUGGAUGUUGAAACUUCUCGUAGUGCUAGGCAUUGUGUGGGAGAUGGGGGUUUUUGGAACUUGAGAAAGCGGGAUUGUUCUCUCCACCAGUGUGGUGGGAAUUGUGGUGCAGAGCGACAGCACCAGCGAAGCGUCGAUUCUUUUCUAUCCAGGUUCUCCAAUGCGGAUUCCAGAAAAAGAUGCGAGAAGCUCAAAAGAAGCCCAGCAGACAGACCUCUUCUGAAAUUUACGGUUUCCUCAGUUCAAGAGACACAGAAAGCUGCUAGUCUUUUACAUGAUAUCUAUGUGGGAGCAGUGGCUGGAGCCACAGCAGGCGUAGUAGUGGAGGCAGCGUUGUACCCAAUUGACACCAUCAAAACCCGUCUUCAGGCAGCGCAUUUGGGGGGCAAUCCGUCACUAUUUAAGGGACUCUACUCAGGCCUUGCGGGCAAUCUUGCUGGUGUCCUCCCGGCAUCAGCUGUUUUCGUGGGGGUGUACGAGCCUGUGAAACGAAAGUUGCUAAGUGUUCUUCCAGACCAGUUCUCCUCAAUCGCCCACUUGACAGCAGGCGUUUGCGGAGGGGGAAUAUCGUCUUUAAUUCGAGUUCCUACUGAGGUUGUCAAACAGAGGAUGCAAACUGGACAAUUUGUAUCUCCCCAAUCAGCUGUACGCCAGAUCGUGGCGAAGGAAGGCAUUCGGGGACUUUAUGCUGGCUUUCGUUCAUUCUUGUUACGAGACCUACCAUUUGAUGCAUUCCAGUUUUGCAUCUAUGAGCAAUUAAAGAUCAGUUAUGCAAAACGGGUGCGGAGAGAACUUAAUGAUACUGAAACUGCCUUCAUAGGUGCAAUAGCAGGGGCAAUGACAGGUGCUGUGACGACUCCACUUGACGUCAUCAAGACACGGCUUAUGAUUCAGGGACCUAACCAGCAGUACAAAGGCAUCCAAGACUGUGUUGUGAAGAUCAUCAGAGAUGAGGGUGCCGGUACCUUGUUUCAGGGUUUGGGUCCCAGGAUCUUAUGGAUUGGUGUCGGAGGCUCCAUUUUCUUCGGUGCUUUGGAAAAGACAAAAGAAAGCAUGGAGGAAAGAUCCUUGUCGAAGAUAAUUACAGCACCUGCUGGGUAUGUGUAGAGCAUAAUAUCAACUUGCAAAUGGAUAAACAUCCUUAUGAUGUUAAAGAGCAGCCUAAACCUUUUGAACUUGUCACCAACCCCAUAGAAGCACCAUUUAGCAAAGGUAUCAUGAUACAUGAAUUAGGCAAGCUUUAGUGAACAGCUGCAGUUGGCAUUGACCUUGAGAUGUUAAGGUCUCAAUUGAGUUUGUAUGAAUAGGUACAUUAGACAGAUAGUGAAUUAAGACCAGGAAAACCUCAGUGGAAAUUUUGGUGUCUAAAUAAUAAGGUAUUGAAGCAGUGAUUGUAGACAAUUGUUAUGCAAAUGACAUGUUACAUGGUAUCAUAAUAUGUAGUGGUAUGGAUUAUAAACUACUAAUAUAGAAUGAUCUCAAGAUGACA